CAGCAGAGACARCAGAGCUACAGCCAUGGUGCAGCAGUACCAGUCCCCUGUCCGGGUCUACAAGCAGCCGUUUGAGUUAAUAAUGGCGGCUUACGCCAGACGGUUCCCAAAGUGCCCGCUGAUCCCCAUGUUUGUGGACAGCGACAUCCUCAGCCAAAGUGAAAGCAAAGACGGCUCCGUGGUGGUCACCGAGAGACGCUGCACGAUCGACGUGGAGGCCCCCCGGCUUCUCAAACGAAUUGCAGGUGUAGAAUAUCUGUACUUUAUUCAGAAGAACACGCUGAAUCGCAGAGACAGGACGCUUCGCAUCGAGGUCCACAACGAGACAUUUUCCAGCAGAGUCAUCGUCCGGGAAUGCUGCAGGUACACGGUUCAUCCCGAGAAUGAGGACUGGACCUGCUUUGAACAAACAGCUAGCCUUGAUAUUAAAUCCUUCUUUGGCUUCGAAAGCACAGCAGAGAAGAUAGCCAUGAAACAAUAUGCUGGCAGCAUUAAAAAGGGUAAAGAAAUAAUUGAGUACCACCUCAAAGAGCUGGAGGAAGAAGGAGUAAAUCACAUACCUCGCUGGAUGCCCCACGUUGAAGGAGGCCUCCUCUCUGCUGUACCACUGAGUGGUGCCGCUGACGGGCUUCCUGGCAAAGACCUGGCCAAUCCCACAGAGCUGCUGACCAGUUCAAAUGAUGACAAGUUGGAUGCAGACUACAUCAGACGUUACCUUGGUGAUUUAACGCCUCUGCAGGAGAGCUGUCUCAUCCGACUGCGCCAGUGGCUCCAGGAAACCCACAAGGGCAAGAUCCCCAAGGAUCAGCACGUGCUGCGCUUCCUCAAGGCCMGAGAUUUCAACCUGGACAAGGCCAGAGAGUUUCUGUGCCAGUCUCUGACCUGGAGGAAGCAGCACCAGGUGGACUUCCUGUUGGACACAUGGGAGCGCCCGCAGCUGCUUCAGGAUUACUACACCGGAGGGUGGCACCACCACGACAGAGAUGGCCGCCCUCUGUAUGUUCUGCGUCUUGGUCAAAUGGACACCAAGGGCUUGGUGCGAGCGUUGGGGGAAGAGGUUCUGCUGAGACAGGUGCUGUCCAUUAACGAGGAGGGACUGAAGCGCUGCGAGGAGAACACCAGACUCUUUGGUCGACCCAUCAGCUGCUGGACAUGCCUGGUGGAUCUGGAGGGUCUAAACAUGCGUCACCUGUGGAGACCGGGAGUUAAAGCCCUCCUGAGAAUCAUCGAGGUGGAGCAUCCUAGCCUUUCUGACRCGCCGCCUUCAUCACAUUAUCACACCAAAGCUACUCCGUGA